AUGGUACCGCAUUGUCACAAAUGCAACAUACCGUUUCUCGAUAUCCCUCCAUCGCCGAAAUCCUCUCCCAUCCACCCGCUUCUUAUCGCCAACGAUCCCGCGGAGGCGUAUGACGAAGCCAUCGCGCGACAAGUCAUCGCAUCCUGCAAACAUGUUGUAGCACAUAUCGACGGGCUGAUCUCGCAGUUGAACAAUCUGCUCGACCUUAUCAAGUCUCGUCGGGAAGAAUAUACGCACCACAUUCAACUUCACGAGAACGUCCUCUCCAAAUUCGCGCGACACGUUCCGGCCGACAUUUUGUCGGAAAUAUUCCUUCAUGCUGUGAACAGACCAUCGAUUGGUAGCAAGCAACUGCCCGAAGAACCUUGGGUGGUGUCACAAGUCAGUCGCCGCUGGCGGCUGGUGGCACUCUCAACACCCACCAUUUGGUCGGCUUUCCCUGCCUUUCGUGAAAGUCUGGACAAGGACAAACGUUAUUACUCUAGACUCCAAACGGCGCUGGGACGGUCUGGCGCGGUGCCGCUCAAUGUUUCAUUCUACCUCUUCGGAAUUCCUGAGCGCGAAGUCUGGAAAAUGGCCGACCUCUUCACUCCUCACUCUCAUCGCUUCAACGAUCUUUGCAUAUCCUCCAACCUCCACGCGCUUCAACUUUUUUCUUCUCGGAUGACCGGCCAUCUUCACGCUCUCAAGUCCUUAGCACUAUACUUUUCGCAUACACAAGAACCCUACAGACCUCCUGUUUCUCUCCCGAUCACGUCGUUUUUGGAGGUACCUUCCUUACGCGAACUGACUCUUGGCAUCUGGACUCGUCCUCAGACGACUGCACAAAGCUGGAUAGCAUUACCAUGGCACCAAUUGCGAAGGCUGACACUCUCGUGCGCGGCGCUGCUGCCCUCGAGUAUAAUCUCAAUCCUUCGUCAAACAGUCGCGCUGGAGCGCUGUGUCCUUCAAUACUGGCACUGCGACUAUACACUCUCCAUGGAGAUACCACACUUCAAUAGCCUAUCCCUCAUUGAGCUUCAUAUUGGUUCAGAGAUGCGAGGCGUCGUCGAGCCUUUCUUGUGCUCUCUCACUUUCCCGUCACUCCGCAAGCUUUCAAUUUCUGCGCAUGAUGUCGUGGACCUCCAAUGCCUAGCUGACUUCAUCUCCAGAUCGUCUUGUUCCCUUACAUUCCUCGAUCUGGCAUGGGAGGGUUUCUCGGGCGAUUUGAAGACCCUGCUUUCCCUGGUUCCAUGCUUAACAGAUCUCAGGAUCCCUGGCAAGGAAUUUCUGCGUAUUCCGUCUGCGGACAGACCGUCACUCCCCGAAUUGCGCCACGUUUGUAUUGUGUUGGAUCACGAUGCUUACGCAUUUCCUCCAAGUGAUUCGAGCACGAACCCUUUUACAGAUACUAUGCUCGACUUGUCUUCCCUCGAAACUGUCACUCUUUCCCUCCCCGAGUCUUUCGAGUCGGAGGGUGACUGCCAGGAGCUCUUAUUCCGCCGUCUUGAUGGAUGGUCUCAGCCCGUCUAUGAUUCUGUAUUAAGACGGGACCAAGAAUUGCAGACACUCGUCAACAGAAGUCUCACAGAAGCUGAGGCCUCUUCCUUGCAAGAAAUAUUGUCAGCUCUUGAAGGCAUUCAUGGUCGUUACAUCCAUGUCAGCUUCUUCCGUUAUCGACAACCUAGAGCGGCUCCUAUUGGUUCUUAA